AUGUCAACGAAGAAUCGGACCUAUAAUCCUAUUCGUGAGGAUGGGUACGAUAAUAAAGUUUUGCUGCAUAAUGAUGAAGAAUUUCAACAUGGAAUUCAAUUUAAAGUUAAAUUUAUUGGAUCACUUGAAGUACCGAAACCAACAAGUCGUGGUGAAAUUGUAGCUAAUAUGCGUCGUAUUCGUUAUGAAUUCAAAGCAAGAUCAGUUAAAAAACGUUCUGUUAAUUUAUCAAUAUCUAUUGAUGGAAUUCAAGCUUUCUUAUCAAAAAAGAAUAAAAAAAAUCUUUAUUUCGAUGAAGAUAAAACUAUGUUAAUACAACAUCCAAUUAAUCGUGUGUUUUAUGUCUCACAUGACAGUCAAGAUUUAAAAAUUUUUAGUUUUAUAGCACGUGAUAAUACUACUAAUGCAUUUCGUUGUAAUGUCUUUAAAGCAUAUAAGACGAAUGAAGCGAUUCAUAUUGUUCGUACAAUUGGUCAAGCUUUUGAAGUUUGUCAUAAGUUAUCUUUACAACAAACAUCAAACAAUUCUUUGACAUCUAGUCCAGCUAAUACAAAUUUUUCUCAACAAGAAAAUAAAACUCUUGUACCAAGUAUGGAUUCAGUGGAAAAAGCUGAACGUUAUUUACAAAGUGUUCAAAUUCCAAUUUCGUCAGUAAAUAAUGAAAGAAAUGUACUUCAGUCUUACUCAUCAAGUGAAUUUACACUUAAACAUCAAAUGCAAUUUAUGCAAGAACAAUUACAACAAAUGCAACAUGAAUCAGAAUUAGCAUUUAAUCAAAUUAAAUUAAUCAAAGAACAAUUAAAUAUUGAAAUUGCAGCAAGAAUCGAUUCACAAAAUAAAAAUAAACAAUUAAUUGAACGAAAUCGAGAAUUAUUAACACAUAUUCAACAAUUAUUAAAUUACACUAGUGAACUUGAAAUGAAGCUAAAUAAAAAUGAAAAUUUGAAGACGUUAAAGGGUCUUCCAUCACGUCCAACUGAUUUACUUCUUCUUCCAUCAUUAUUUUCAACUUUAACCGCUUCUGUUUCUACAAGUGGCACAUCAAAUCAACAAGAUUUGUCAAGUGAUUCACCUGAUUCUGGUAAAGGACAAGAAAUGUCCUCAGAAAAUAUCUCUGAUACGUUGUUAUCAAGUAUUCACGAUCAACAAAUAACUAAUUCAUGGAAUAAUAAGAAGAAUAAGAAGAAAAAUAAUAAUAAUCCCAAUUGUACAUCAAUACUUGAUGAUAUAACAAGUCAAUCAAUUUCAAUCAAUGAAACCAUUUCAAAAAAUAAAAAUAAUUCUCAUUAUGAAGAAUAUUCUUCAACAUCAUCUUGUUCUUCAAUAAAAGCAUCGAAUAAAAAUCAUAUUGAACAUUAUAUUUAUGAUCAUAUACUUCCAUCAGGAACAUCAUCAUUUACAAAUUCAGCUUUUACAGGAAGCCCAUUAAAUACAAUAAAUAAUUAA